AUGCCCAAGAUGAUCAAAUACACCGCGGAGCAUAUGCUCGCCCAGGUCAUGGACAAUAUCGACGGCACCGAUCCUACUUUGGAGGCCCUCAAGCUCUAUCCCAUCCCGGAGCUCGAGACGGAUCUGUCCAACUACGAUCAGUGGGAGCGUGUGUUAGACUUUCAUCUUCAAUACUAUGGCCUGGAUGAAUUGGUUGAGUUCAUGAAGAUUGACUAUCCGCACGGUCCCGGGCGCGACGACUUCAAUACGACAGACCACUGGCACCGUUGGCAGCGUCAUUGCCUCCAUGCGUACUCGAUUAUCAACUCAAAGGCCGCGAAGGUCAUUGAGCAGGGCUGUCUGUUGGACGACUGGGGCCCGAUCUCUCAUUGCCCUCAUGAUCUUUUGGAGGCGAUUCGCGAAUACAGGCGGGAAGUUUUCAAUUUGGACUGA